GAUGAGUACCUGUUCACUGGAGCAUCCCAACGGGCAGAAGGCCGACUCUCUCCCCGCCAAGAGGCUCUGCAAGGGGGUGUGCGCGCAGGAUGGGUCGGUCGGAGGUGGAGGGGGGAAGGCAAGCAGGGCCGUGGAGGUGUCUAUAGUCAUACCAGUGUAUAACUCCUCCUCCUGUCUAUAGUAAUACCAGUGUAUAACCCCUCCUCCUGUCUCUAAUCUAUAGUAAUACCAGUGUAUAACCCCCCCUCCUGUCUCUAAUCUAUAGUCAUACCAGUGUAUAACCCCUCCUGUCUGUCUCUAAUCUAUAGUCAUACCAGUGUAUAACCCCUCCUCCUGUCUCUAAUCUAUAGUCAUACCAGUGUAUAACCCCUCCUGUCUGUCUCUAAUCUAUAGUCAUACCAGUGUAUAACCCCUCCUCCUGUCUAUAGUCAUACCAGUGUAUAACCCCUCCUCCUGUCUCUAGUCUAUAGUCAUACCAGUGUAUAACCCCUCCUCCUGUCUCUAGUCUAUAGUCAUACCAGUGUAUAACCCCUCCUGUCUCUAGUCUAUAGUCAUACCAGUGUAUAACUCCUCCUCCUGUCUCUAGUCUAUAGUCAUACCAGUGUAUAUCCCUUCCUUUCUCUAGUCUAUAGUCAUACCAGUGUAUAUCCCCUCCUGUCUCUAGUCAUACCAGUGUAUACCCCUCCUGUCUGUCUCUAGUCUAUAGUCAUACCAGUGUAUAACCCCUCCUGUCUCUAGUCUAUAGUCAUACCAGUGUAUAACCCCUCCUGUCUCUAAUCUAGUCAUACCAGUGUAUAACCCCGCCUGUCUCUAAUCUAUAGUCAUACCAGUGUAUAACCCCUCCUGUCUCUACUCUAUAGUCAUACCAGUGUAUAACCCCUCCUCCUGUCUCUAGUCUAUAGUCCUACCAGUGUAUAACCCCUCCUGUCUCUAGUCUAUAGUCAUACCAGUGUAUAACCCCUCCUGUCUGUCUCUAGUCUAUAGUCAUACCAGUGCAUAACGCCUCCUGCUGGCUGGAUGAGUGUCUGCAGGGGAUUGAGGACCAGGACUACACUGGCUCUAUGGAACUGUCUGUCUAUGAUGAUGCCAGCACUGAUGGUUCCAGAGCGAUAGUGGAGGGAUGGAGGGAGAGGCUGGAAAGGAGAGGUGUUUCCAUGGUGAUCUCUGGCCAUGACUCCGCCCAACCCAGGGGAGUGGGUCAUGCCAAGAACCAGGCUGUGUCUCAGAGCUCAGGAAAGUACCUCUGCUUUCAGGACGCUGAUGAUGUGAUGAUGCCUCAGCGAAUACAUCUCCAAUACGAGACCUGCCUCUUCAACUCUACCUCUUUGAUUGGCUGUCAGGUCCGCAGGGAUCCAGAGGGAUCUACUGAGCGCUACACACGCUGGAUCAACAACAUCAGCCAGGAUCAACUCAGCACCCAGGUGUACACCUCUCACGGCCCUACGGUCAUCAUGCCAACAUGGUUCUGCUCCAGGGAUUGGUUCCAGCGGGUCGGAACCUUUGACGAGGGCGGCAAGGGAGUUCCAGAGGAUCUGUUGUGGUUCUAUCAGAGUGUUGGUCAGGGAGGAGGUGUGGUCAGAGUGGACCAGUGUUUACUAGUCUACCGCUACCAUCAACAAGCUGCUACACACUCUGUCCUGGAGGAAACCAUUUGGAACCUCCGUGUGGCCUUCCUCCAGGAGAGAGUUAUCAACCAAUGGGAAUCCUUCACCAUAUGGAAUGCUGGGAAACAGGGCCGGAAACUAUACCGCUGCCUCAGUUCCUCCAAUCAGAAGAAGGUUCGAGCGUUCUGCGACGUGGACGAGAAUAAGAUCAACAAAGGCUUCUACACCUAUGAGGAGUCCAAGGAGAGGCCCAAGCCUCAGAUCCCUGUACUGCACUACAGAGAUGCCUCUCCACCCUACAUCAUCUGUGUCAAGCUGGACAUGACCGGAGGAGUGUUUGAGGAAAACCUGAAGUCUCUCCAUCUGGAAGAAGGAGUUGACUACUAUCACUUCAACUAACACUCUGAGAUGUAGAGAUGGAGAGGAGGGGAGUUGACUACUACCACUUCAACUAACACUCUGGGAUGGAGAGAUGG